AUGUAUCAAAGUUUCAUUCGAUCACCAAGUCCGAUACGUCGCGUUAGUACUUUGUUAUCUCGUGGCUAUCACAAAACCACAAACACUUCAAAUCGGGUAUUCAAUUCUACCACAAGUCGAAUAUUUACUCCACCCACCACCCCCCUACUUCACAAAUCGCACAACCUUAAACAAUUCUCAAAUUCACAUAUUACACCUUUAUGUUCUACGAAAGGUCGAAUCUCCUAUCAUUUUUAUAGUACAGCUGUUAACGAUCAUUCAAGACCGAUUAAACAAACCAGCGAAUUUGAAUUUACUGAUGCACCUAAGGUUGAUGUAAAAAAAGUUCUUGUUGUGGGAUCUGGUGGUUUAUCCAUUGGCCAAGCGGGAGAAUUUGAUUAUUCUGGUUCACAAGCCAUCAAAGCCUUGCGCGAGUCAGGCGUUCGCACAGUUUUAGUAAAUCCAAACAUCGCUACCAUUCAAACAUCACAUGCAUUGGCAGAUACAGUAUACUUCCUUCCUGUCACCGUUGAAUACCUUACACACAUACUUGAACGAGAACGACCUGAUGGAAUUCUUCUUACUUUUGGUGGCCAGACUGGUCUAAACGUUGGUAUUCAAUUGGACCAAAUGGGUGUUUUGUCUCGUCUUGGAAUUAAAGUAUUGGGUACACCAAUUCGUACUUUAGAGUUAAGCGAAGAUAGAGAUUUAUUCGCUCAAGCGUUGAAAGAAAUUGACAUUCCUGUUGCCGAAUCUACUGCUGUGUCAACAAUCGAUGACGCACUUGCUGCUGCUGAACAGAUCGGAUACCCAGUCAUCGUUCGUUCAGCUUAUUCUCUUGGUGGUCUUGGAUCGGGUUUUGCAUCAAAUCCUGAUGAACUUCAUAGCUUAGCAGCUAAAUCAUUAUCUUUGGCACCACAAAUCCUUGUGGAAAAGUCAAUGAAGGGUUGGAAAGAAGUUGAAUAUGAAGUUGUUCGUGAUGCUGAAAACAAUUGUAUUACUGUUUGUAAUAUGGAAAAUUUUGAUCCUCUUGGUAUUCACACUGGCGAUUCAAUUGUCGUUGCUCCAAGUCAAACACUGAGUGAUGAAGAAUAUCACAUGCUAAGGACCGCUGCUAUAAAGAUUAUUCGUCACCUAGGGGUAGUCGGCGAAUGUAAUGUUCAAUAUGCAUUAAAUCCAGAAAGUCUUGAGUAUAAAGUCAUAGAAGUCAAUGCGCGUUUGAGUCGUAGUAGUGCCCUAGCCUCAAAAGCUACUGGAUAUCCUCUUGCCUUUAUUGCUGCUAAGAUUGCUUUGGGUCACACGCUUCCAGAACUUCGAAAUUCAGUCACAAAAACAACUACUGCGUGCUUCGAGCCUUCCUUAGAUUAUAUCGUUACAAAGAUUCCAAGAUGGGAUUUGAGUAAAUUCCAACAUGUCAACCGUGAAAUUGGGAGUUCGAUGAAAAGUGUUGGCGAAGUUAUGGCAAUUGGCAGGACCUUUGAAGAAAGUUUGCAGAAGGCCAUUCGUCAAGUCGAUCCUUCAUUUAAAGGCUUCCAGGCAUUACCCUUCCCAGAUCUUGACAAUGCCCUUAAUGUUCCCACGGAUAGACGUUUAUUUGCCAUAGGUCAUGCUAUGCUUGAAAAGAAUUACACCAUAGACCAAAUUCACAAUCUUACCAAAGUUGAUAAAUGGUUCCUUCACAAACUUGGUAAUAUUGUGAAUAUUCAGCAUGAUAUUAAGCACGCAGGAGAUCUUGAAAAUGUAUCCAAGGAAUUGCUUCAAGAUGCAAAGAAGAAAGGGUUUUCUGAUGCUCAAAUUGCUUUAAUGUUACAAAAUACCACGGAAGACCAAGUACGACAAAAAAGGAAAGGUUACGGGAUUACACCAUACGUCAAGAGGAUUGAUACUCUUGCUGCUGAAUUCCCUGCUCAGACAAAUUACUUAUAUACAACUUAUAAUGCUUCAACAAAUGAUAUUGAAUUUAACGAACACGGAACUAUGGUCUUAGGUUCAGGUGUAUAUCGAAUUGGCUCGUCAGUUGAAUUUGAUUGGUGUGGUGUAUCUGCUAUUCGUUCUCUCCGAGAUAUGGGCAAGAAAACUAUCAUGGUGAAUUACAAUCCGGAAACUGUUUCAACAGAUUUUGAUGAAUGCGAUAGACUUUACUUUGAGGAACUUUCAUAUGAAAGAGUCAUGGAUAUUUAUGAGGCAGAAAAAGCUCAAGGU